GAACUCUUCCGCUCUAUGCGUGUGGAGUAUUAUGCUUUGGAGCUUGAUGUAACUGCUGAUGGAGCCAGUAUUCAGCAAGUGUUAGUAGAGCUAACUAAUCAGAGGACAGUGCCUAAUGUAUUUGUGAAUGGAACACACAUAGGUGGCUGUGAUUCAACUUACCAGGCUUAUCACGAUGGAUCACUGCAGAAACUUCUUGGGGAUAGCAAAGAUGCAGAACCCUAUGAUUAUGACCUCAUUAUUAUUGGUGGUGGCUCAGGCGGACUUGCGUGUUCCAAGGAAGCUGCUACCUUGGGAAAGAAGGUCAUGGUAUUAGAUUAUGUAGUUCCAACACCUCUCGGAACCUCAUGGGGACUUGGUGGCACAUGUGUAAACGUAGGUUGCAUUCCUAAGAAGCUCAUGCAUCAAGCAGCACUUCUGGGUCAGGCACUCCAAGAUUCAAGGAAAUAUGGGUGGCAGUAUGAAGAACAAGUUAAACACAACUGGGAGAUCAUGGUAGAAGCAAUUCAAAACUACAUUGGUUCUUUAAACUGGGGCUACCGAGUGUCCUUAAGGGAGAAGUCUGUGACAUACCUCAAUUCUUACGGAGAAUUCAUUGAACCACACAAAAUUAAGGCGACUAAUAGAAAAGGACAAGUAACCUAUCACACAGCAGAGACUUUUGUCUUGGCAACGGGAGAAAGGCCCAGGUAUCUGGGUAUCCCUGGAGAUAAAGAAUAUUGUAUUACAAGUGACGACCUCUUCUCCUUGCCUUACUGCCCUGGCAAAACUCUAGUUGUGGGUGCCUCCUAUGUGGCUCUGGAGUGUGCAGGAUUUCUUGCUGGUCUGGGUUUAGAUGUCACAGUGAUGGUGCGUUCCAUACUCCUUCGGGGCUUUGACCAAGAAAUGGCAGAAAAAGUAGGUGCUUACAUGGAAACACACGGCGUAAAGUUCAUCAGGAAGUUUGUACCUAUUCAGGUUGAACAGCUAGAGGAAGGCAUGCCUGGAAGACUGAAAGUGACAGCAAAGUCUACUGAGGGACCAGAAAUCUUUGAAGAAGAAUAUAACACUGUUUUGAUAGCCAUUGGUCGUGAUGCAUGCACCAGAAAUAUUGGUUUAGAGACGAUUGGUGUCAAUAUCAAUGAGAAGAACGGGAAAGUACCUGUGAACGAUGAAGAACAAACCAAUGUGCCUUAUGUUUAUGCUAUUGGAGAUAUAUUGGACGGAAAGCUCGAACUUACUCCAGUUGCUAUUCAAGCAGGGAGACUGCUAGCCCGCAGGCUUUAUGGUGGUAGUUCCACAAAGUGUGACUAUAUCAAUGUACCAACGACAGUGUUUACUCCUUUAGAGUAUGGCAGCUGUGGGUUAGCUGAAGAAAGAGCCAUAGAAGAAUAUGGAAAGCAAAACUUGGAGGUUUACCACACUUUGUUCUGGCCACUUGAAUGGACAGUACCAGGCAGAGAUAACAAUACUUGUUAUGCAAAGAUUAUCUGCAAUAAACAUGACAAUAAUCGUGUGAUAGGAUUUCAUGUUCUUGGACCUAAUGCUGGUGAAGUUACCCAAGGUUUUGCUGCUGCAAUAAAAUGUGGUCUCACCAAAGAAUUACUUGAUGAAACGAUUGGUAUCCAUCCAACUUGUGCAGAGGUGUUCACUACAAUGGAUAUUACAAAAGCCUCAGGACAAGACAUCACGCAAAGGGGCUGCUGAGGUUAAACCUGCUGUUUUACAUGUUUUCAUGUACACUUGGUUCUGUGGAAGCCCUGAUACAUCCAACUGCUUUGAAGCAAAAUAAACGUUUGCAUCAGUACCGCUGCACGUGCUGCGGCUGGGAGUGGUGUCUUUGUGAGGCUUCCUCAGUAAAUAGUGUUGCAAAUGGAAACGGUAAUACAGCAAGGAAAUCUUGAACAGUAAAUCCUGACUUUGCUUGGAAUCAGCACUACUGUGCUUUUUUGACGUUCUGGCUCGGAACCUUAUUGUGAGGUGAGCUACAACUGAUGGCUGCCAUGCAAAGUUGGGAGAUAUCUUCAUCCAGUCAGGUGACUGAACUCUUCCUGAAGGAAAUUCUUAAGUUGCACAAAUUAAAGCUAACGCUUCUAGGCUCCACUGUCUUGUACAAA